UGAAUGUAAUCGCGUGCAUCUCUGAAGCUCAUACUGUGUGGGACUGUGUGUGAAAAUACACGGAUUUAACACACUCUUGGGGAGUGUUGCCGCGGUCGUGGACACGCACCGUCGCGUCGCGUCGCGUCGCGUCCCCCCAUUCGCCGGCGCGGAAGGAUGUUUAUUUCCUGAAUCCUGACUCAGUAUUUCGAUGGCUCGCGCCUCCUCCUCUGUCGUCACUCCGCGGCGCUCAUAAAGCCCGAUGGAGGAACUGGAACCGGGCAGAACUCACUCGCAGAACCGCGGAGGAACCGAGAACUUCCAGAACCGCGGAUCGAGAUGAAGGCCUUCUCCGCGCUGAUGAGGCCGUCGACCGGCGUGUGUUCGCGGUGCGUGCGGCGCGUCGUAACGCCCGCGCGAGGACUGAGCAGUCAGUCGGAGCCAGGCUUCGGGUUGCUCUUUGACAUCGAUGGAGUCUUAGUGCGAGGGAAGACACCCAUCCCAGCGGCCAAGAGAGCCUUCCAGAAGCUUGUGGAUGCGAAGGGGCAGUUCCUGGUUCCCGUCGUGUUCGUCACGAAUGCUGGAAACUGCUUACGCCAGAAGAAGGCAGAUCAGCUGUCGCACAUACUGGGUGUUCCUAUAUCUCAAGACCAGGUCAUGAUGUCCCACAGUCCUCUGCGAAUGUUCAGGAAGUUUCACGACAAGCAUGUGCUGGUGUCGGGCCAGGGACCAGUGCUCGACAUCGCCAAGAACGUGGGCUUCACAAACGUGGUCAGCAUUGACAUGUUGCGCGAGUCUUUCCCUCUGCUGGACAUGGUGGACCACAACCGAAGACCCAAGCUACCUUCUUCUUCUGUAGUGAACCUGCCCAGAGUCGAAGCUGUGGUUCUGUUCGGCGAGCCAAUCCGGUGGGAAACAAACUUACAGCUGAUCAUCGACGUGCUUCUGACGAGUGGCAAUCUGAGUGGUUCCUACGAGAGCCGUCACGCACACACACACCUGCCACUGCUGGCCUGCAACAUGGACCUGGUGUGGAUGGCAGAGGCACACUCGCCGAGGUUCGGCCACGGCACGUUCAUGGUGUGUCUGGAGAGCAUCUAUAAGAAAAUCACAGGGCAGGACCUGAAGUACGAGGCCCUGAUGGGGAAGCCCAGCGAAUUGACCUAUCACUACGCAGAGUUCCUCAUCAGAGAGCAGGCGUCCCAGCGGGGCUGGAGGCAGCCAAUCACAUCGCUGUAUGCUGUCGGGGACAACCUGAUGACUGACAUCUACGGUGCCAACCUCUACAACCGAUACCUGGAGGAGCGCGUGGCGCGGAAGAGCCGGGCCGUGGCCAACAUGGGAUCGGGAUCGGGAACGAUCCCUCGGGACUCGGACCCGGAGAACAACGGCUGGGAAAGCGAGCUCGCGUCACCAUCCGCAACCUCCUGCAAGUCCAUUCUGGUGUGCACAGGUGUGUAUAACCCUCACCUGGAGCUGCCCCGGGACGCCGGCCAGAGCAUCACAGAGACAGUGUUUCACGGGCACAGGGACUUCUGCUUCGACCCGGCGCUGGUGGAGCCCGAGAGCAUCGUGCAGGACGUAGACGCUGCCGUGCAGCUCAUCUUCCAGAUGGAGGAGUUCGGGACCGCGGGCUAACGGCUUACGCACGCGGGGGCGAUCCGAGCAUCAGUGAUCACACUUCAGCUGGAACACGUCCCAAAAAUAUGAUAUUAAGAGUCGCCAUCCUUUACAUUUAAAACAAGCACUUUGAGUCCCGGUCAGUCAUGAAGCGCACAGUAGGCCAACGACAGAGUAAAACUGUGUUCAAAGCAACUCAACACCCCCCUAUCGCAAGGUAUUGAAGCUCGUUUCUGCCACGCAAAACGGAAAUAAAUAAAAUAAAACAAUAAUUGCGACUUCUUAUCUCACAACUCAAAGGAAAAAUUUGCAAAUACCUUUAUUUUUGUGUGUUGGUGUGAACAACCUUCCACAGCAAAGAUGUUUUAAAGAGAACAUUCAUACUUGUUAUUUCAACCAGUUCAGUGUCCAAAUCAGAUUACAGAAACUCACUGUAACGUUUUAUCAUCGUCACACGCCCCAAAAAUAUGGUUAUUUAUAUCAAGCACAAGUGAGGAAACGGCAGCGAUCCGUCGAGAUCUGCUGAUCGGAGCGUCACUGAUCUGCUCUAGCCGGGCCGUGCCCGAGUCCUCACGCGCUGUGAACAGAGUGUUCGAGUCCGCGAGUGUGUAAUCAGAGUCAUGAAACACACCGUUCUCGCUGCACACACACACAUCUGAUCAAUCGCAAGGUAUUGAAGCAUGCAAAAAACAAACAAAUAAAUGAAAAAUAAAAAGGUAAUUGCGACUUCUUAUCUCACCACUCUUCGAAAAAAGCAAGAAUUGUGAGAUUAAACGUCGCGAAUAGCUUUAUUUUUGUUUGUUGGUGUGAACAAACUUCCACAGCGAAGAAGUUUUAAAAAGACAUUCGUACUGCUGUUUCUCAGUUCAGUGUUUAAGAAACUCGCUUUAAGGUUUUAUCGUUACACAUCUACCGUUUCCGUAGAAUUGUCUGUGUAAUACUCUGUAUUAAUUCAAUAUGUUCUGUAUUAUCGUCAUUGUGCCAGUUUUAGUAAUUGUUGCAUUCUCCAUUCUUAUAUAUAGACAGUAUAUAUAUAAUUUACUGGUUACUGUUACAUUGUAACAUUCUGGUGAGAUUUGCACUGAGACGAAACAACCUUGUAGAAAAUAAAAGCCAUUUACUUGAACGUUUGUUUUUGAAUUUUAGAUGUGCGCCUCCAAUAUACAGUUAAACGACCGUUCAGACGUAUUAUACAUCCUGGUAGUUUAAUAAAGCUUGACAAAUAGUUGCAUUUUUGUAAAUAAAUGUGUACUUUAGUA